UCCGCUCGCUGCGGCCCAGCGCUACGACCAUGUACUGGCGACGCGCGGCCCUGGCGGGGACGUGGUUUGUCCGGGGCGGGAGCAGCUCGGCCUGCCGGCUCGGCGGUACAGCGGGAGCGUCGGCAUCUGGGAUGGGGAACAGCGCAUCAUCUUCUUUGGGAGAUGCGGCAGUGGCUCCCGUGACUCAGAUCCAAGAAACCAUUUCUGAUAACUGUGUGGUGAUUUUCUCGAAAACAUCGUGUUCUUACUGUACCAUGGCAAAGAAACUUUUCCAUGACAUGAAUGUUAACUACAAAGUGGUGGAGCUGGACAUGCUUGAAUAUGGAAGCCAGUUUCAGGAUGCUCUGUACAGAAUGACCGGGGAAAGAACAGUGCCAAGAAUAUUUGUCAAUGGAACUUUUAUUGGAGGUGCAACUGACACCCACAGGCUUCACAGAGAAGGAAAAUUGCUUCCACUAGUUCACCAGUGUUAUUUAAAAAAAAAGAAGAGGGAAGAAUUUUAGUGAUGGAGGUGCCCCUAACUUUGCUCAUGAACUGUCAGCUAUUUAAAGUGAUAACGCCUUUUAAAUACUCGAGGGUGUUUCACGUAUAUGGAUUAUCUUCAUGAAAAAGCGGGAAAAAUAACAAACAAUAAAUCAUUGUGGAAAUUUCAUCUUCCUGCUUGCCACUUCUUCAGCAAAAAGGGAUGGUAUUUAAAACUGAAGGAGUGGAGUUGUAUCGAAAGAUCGGGAAAUUUGAAACUUUAUGCUGUACACCAGAAAUGGACACAUUGUAAAUUGACUAUACUUCAGUUAAAAAAAAAAAAAGAUCAGGAAAGAAUGUAUUUUAUUAGGAAUGUCUGUAUGAAUUUUUCAGCCAAGAGCUAGAAGGUAAGCAUUUGGGAUUCUUUAUUCUGUGUAGUAUUCAGAAGGUGUUAAUGCCUUGCCUCUUAGAGCUUUUAGUGGUGAGCUCUGGUGUGUGAGUUCUCUUUGAAGUGUAAGGCUCUGAUACAGUUGUGAACUCGGUGGGGAUAUCCUUGUACUAUAUUGUGAUGAGCCGUCACACUUGUGCCUCUAGAGUAAGAGAAGUAAAUUAAAUUUGUGGGCUGGAGUGAAAUUGGUUUCAGAGAAAUCAGAUUAUUCAUUUAAUGAUUUAGUAGAGAACAAAACUGUACCUCUGGGCAGAAAUUAAAAGGAGGAAGAUUUCAGCAUUGUGAGGAUGAACUUCUGAAACAGUCCAGAACCGUGCUUGAGUGUGACGUGGAGAGUUCUGCUUUUCCUAUCAACAAGAAUUUAAGUGCCUAAGGAGCUUUUUUCUGGCUGAGUCCACAGAGUCACAUGGGGCAGAUGCUGGGAAGAGAAAACUCUUCCUUGGAGGUGGGAGGAAAAUGGAUUUUAAGAGAAGUGGCGUGCUUCUGCUUUCUGGUCAAGAUGGACCAGGGAAUCUGGGGUAGACCUGUGGAAGACAGCUGGUGUCUUAUUUUUUUGCCAUUUGCCAUCAAUUAUGUUUCCUAAAUAUUCUAUUAAAUUGUCAUUAGACCUUGAUAAAGCAAGAAUUUGGACUAUUUCAUUCUGAUGAGAUAAUUUAAAUUUUAACACUUGAAUGGAACAGAGCUGGAAUCAUUCCUUUAGGCCUUUAAUUUGCAUCAUGUCAUGAGAAAUUCUUACGUAUUUGCUGUUGUAAACUAUAUUAGAGAGUAGAGGAAAUCUGUUACUUUAUGUGAUAGUGUGAUUUAUAUUAAGAAAUAUGUAUUCGAUCUUCAUACCAUUCCUGGCACGCAGCUGAAACCUCUGGAAUUUCCUGUGAGGACAGCUGGUAGUCUCCUUUGUUAUGUUAAUAAGCCUACUUUCAGAAAGCCCCUAACGAUAGGGACUGGUUGCCACGGGAACCAGCCUUGUGAUUAGAGGGUUGGAAAUUUCAGCCCGAUCCCCACCCUGUGGGUUGGGGUGAAGGGCUGGAGAUUGAGUUGGGUCACCCGUGGCCAGUAAUUUAAUCAAUAAUGCCUAUGUAGUGAAACCUCUUUAACAAUCCAAAGGAACGGAUUUGUGAAGCUCUUGGUUGUGAACGCUAGAUUCAGGGAGAAUGACAUGCCCAGAGAGGGCACAGAAGCUCUCUGCCCUUUCUCCGUACCUUGCUCUACAUCUCUCACAACUGGCUGUUCUUGAGUUACAUCCUUUUAUAACAAACAGAUAAUCUAGAAGGUAAAGUGUUUCUGAGUUCUGGGAGCUGCUCUUGCAAAUUAAUCAAACCCAAGGAGGAGGUUGUUGGAAUCAGAAGCACAGGUGACAACCUGGACUUGAGAGUGGCAUUAAAAAUGACACUGAGGGGGCAGUCGUGGGGCUGAGCAGCUGCCCUGCUGACAGGCCAAUCCUGGGUGACCAAGAGCUUUAUUUUAACUGGUUACACAGGGAUUUGUUACAAAGCUUGGGGUUAACGAAGAGCUUUGGAUGGGGGACCAUAACAAAUCCUCAGUGGAAGAAGUCCUAAUUGGUACUUACAGUGAGUAUACGUAUUAGAUCAAGACAGAGAAGUGUUCAAAUCGUUAAUCACAGUAAGUGUAUCAGGAGGUAGGUGAACCCUCUUGGAACUGGAAGUUCCUUUUUAUAAAAUACCCAUAAUGCCAUCUUCUUUUAGUAUUUAUUUUGAGAAAUGGAAAUAGUGUAAAUCACACAGCAUGGUGCCUAGUAUUGAGAGUAGACAGUGUGUGAUGGCCAUUAUAGUAACACUGGCUCAGAAAUAUGUUGGGUUUCUUGCGGACCCAUCAGGGUUUUCCAAGAGCCUAGCUAAGAUUUUAGGGGAAUUUUCAUUUCUUCUCUCUUCCUGUAUGUCUUAGCUCAAGCUGCUAUAAUGAAUUUCCAAACUGGAAGGUUUAGACAUUUCUUUCUUAUGUUUCUGGAGGCUGGAAAGUCCAAGAUCAAGGAGCAGACUAAUUUGGUUCUUGGUGAAGGCCCCCUUCCUGGUUGGCAGAUGGCCACCUCCUUGCUGUGUCUUUACACUGCAGAGGGUGGGGAGAACGUGAGCUCUCACCUCUUACUGUACAGGCACCAAUUCAUCGUGAGGCCUCCACCCUCAAGACCUCAUCACCUCCCAAAGGCCCCAACGUCAAAUACCGUCACACUGGGGACUGGGUUUCAACAUACAAAUUUGGGGGAAACACAUUCAGCCCUAACACCAUUACAACCGGAUAAAAGUCUAGUAGAAAUCCAAGGCAAAAUUAGGUAUUGGUGCUUUCAGCAGCUCUGCUUUCUUUCCAGAACCUCAGGUUAGAAAGAAAAUAGUGACCAGGUUAAGAAAAACUAAUGAUACCUUUUUUUUUCGGUCUUCUAUUUUAUUUUUAAUGUUAAUAUCUGAAAAAUAAAGUUUAAUAUUUU